GGGCCUCCUCCCUCCCUAUAAAAUCUGACGUGGUGAGGAGACGCACUGAGUCGGAUCUGGGUAACCGAGGCAAUCCGGGAGAGGGGGUAGAUAGGUGGCGCGAAGUGAAUGAGGGAGGCGCAGCGAAGGGCGCCGAGUCAGCAGCAGGCAGCGAGGGUGGUCCGCCACUUGCGAGCUCGGGGGCGGCUGCGGACUAGGGUGCGCCAGGACCCUUGCUUUCCAUGGAGGCUCCCGAGCUGGGCCCGGGGUUGGUGGAGCGUCUGGAGCAGCUGGCGACGUGUCCGCUGUGCGGGGGCCCCUUCGAGGACCCAGUGCUGCUGGCGUGCGAGCACAGCUUCUGCCGCGCGUGCUUGGCGCGCUGCUGGGGUGCCCCGGCGGCGCCGGCCUCGGAGACGGCGCCGCCGUCCUGCCCCUGCUGUGGCCAACCGUGCCCCCGACGCAGCCUGAGGUCCAACGUGCGCCUGGCAGUGGAGGUGCGCAUCAGCCGCGGGCUGCGUGAGAAACUGGCGGAGCCGGGGGCCCGGACCGUGAGACGCCGCGGGGGCCGCAUCCCCACCAUGGGCUGCCUGGACCCGCACGGAGAGGAUGUGAGGAAGACCUGGAGACGAUUUGAUGUCCCAACACCCAAGUCAUCCAACUCAGAGGAGGAUCUCCCUGAAGAUUACCCUGUGGUGAAAAACAUGCUACACAGACUGACAGCCGACCUGACGCUUGACCCUCGCACUGCACACCGUGGUCUGCUCAUCUCCUCUGACCACCGUGGGGUGAGUCUGGCUCCACCUGGAACGCCGGCGCCGCUGGACAGCCCAGCGCGCUUCGAUCAGCUGCCAGCCGUGCUGGGUGCGCAGGGCUUCGCGUCAGGCCGCCACUGCUGGGAGGUGGAGACUGCGGAAGGCGCGUCCUGCAGAGACUCUACGGUGAAGGAUGAGGGCGCAGGAGAGAGCUGCUACGCCUAUGCCGUGGGCGCCGCCGGGGAGUCCGUGACGCGCAAGGGCCUCACCAAGCUGUGCCCAUCGGAGGCUGUGUGGGCCGUGGAGGGCCGCGGCGGCUGCUUGUGGGCGCUCACGGCCCCUGAGCCUACCCUGCUGGGCGGCGCCAGGCCCCCGCCGCGGCGCAUUCGCGUGGACUUGGACUGGGAGCGGGGCCGUGUGGCCUUCUAUGACGGCCGUUCAUUGGACUUACUCUUCGCCUUCCAGGCGCCGGGCCCGCUUGGGGAACGCGUCUUCCCGCUGCUCUGCACUUGUGACCCCCGCGCCCCUCUGCGCAUCGUGCCAGGAGAAGGCUGAGCUUCUGGUCUCUAGCUCCUAGCCUAGCGUAGGCUAGCCGGGAGGCCUCGAGGCUACUUCUCGCCAAGGCAGAAAUCCCCAUCUAUUCCAGUGAUCUUGUCUGUACACCUGUUGCAGCAGGGUUAUAUUAAUAAGCACCCUUUACCCACUUGCAUUCUUUCUCCCAAAGCAAGACCUCAACUGGCUUGUACAUUGUGCCUUUAGGCCAGUGUGGUCCUGAGUCUCCGUGCCCA